AUGGGAACCUCUUUGCCGGAGAUGGAUCCCGCCGAGAUUUACACCGCAUCAGACACCAUGGAUUCCUCCGCAAUUUUUCACACAAUCAACGACGUCGUAGGGUUCGUUCUUUACAUGCACCAGCAAAUUCCCUCCACUGUUCAGGAUAUGAGCGUUGAGUUCGAUUCAAUGCAUUCCGAGUAUAAACAACUGGAGAUGGAUAAGGAAAGUGAAGUGAAGGCAUUGGUUAGGAGAAAGCAUGUGAGUAGAAUGAGGGAAAUCAAAGUAGGGAUAAAGAGAUUGGAUAAGUUGAUGAGUUCUCUUUCGAAUUUACAAAUUGCGCUUAAAGUGAUUAUCAAUGAGUGUCAUUCCAUAGAUGGGGUUAUUUUGGCUCUUGGAGGUAGCUCCCUUAGGCCUCAGAAUGUUUAUGUGUUGGAGUUUCCACAUCGAGUUGAUGUUUCCAAUACCGGGGAGGAUUUUGCUAGGAGCAAAGCUGCAGAGGCUCUUUGCAGAAAGGCAAUUCGAACAUUGAUAUCAAAGGAUGCUGGGUCUGUUACUUAUCCUGGUCCAAACAAAUUGUUUGUAUUGAUUAAAGCCCCUUCUUCUUUCAACCAACCCUUGCAUUUUCUGCCCAAACGUGAUUUUAAGUACAACAGAAAGAUUGUGCCUCUCAGGCUGCUGUUUAAGUUCCGAAACCAGGAUCAAGAAGUGGCUACUUCUACUUCAGAAGAUUUGAUCUGGUUUCAAUGCCGACAUGUAAUAAAAGGCCUUGCAAUGAAUGCAAUGCCAGAAGAAUGA